GUUAUGUUAUGUUAUAUAUAUAAAUAUAUAAUAUAUAUGUUAUGUUAUAUAUAUAUUUAAUAUAUAUGUUAUGUUAUGUUAUAUAUAGAAACUUAUAAAUGUUAUGUUAUGUUAUAUAUAUAAAUAUAUAAUAUAUAUGUUAAGUUAUGUAUAUAAAUAUAUGAUAUAUAUAUUAUGUUAUAUAUAUAAAUUUUUAAUAUACACUGCUCAAAACAGUAAAGGGAACACUUAAACAACACAAUGUAACUCCAAGUCAAUCACACUUCUGUGAAAUCAAACUGUCCACUUAGGAAGCAACACUGAUUGACAAUAAAUUUCACAUGUUAAUGUGAAAUUUGACACCAAAUAAAAUAUUUUAAAAUUUAGUUUUCAGGACUGAAACAUACCUUCAAUGUACAUCCUUGUGGAUCUUGGGUUUACGACAGGAGGUACCAGCCUUAUGGAUCUUGGGUUCAGGACAUGGGGUACCAGCCUUAUGGAUCUUGGGUUCAUGACAUGGGGUACCAGCCUUAUGGAUCUUGGGUUCAUAACAUGGGGUACCAGCCUUAUGGAUCUUGGGUUCAGGACAUGGGGUACCAGCCUUAUGGAUCUUGGGUUCAUGACAUGGGGUACCAGCCUUAUGGAUCUUGGGUUCAGGACAUGGGGUACCAGCCUUAUGGAUCUUGGGUUCAGGACAUGGGGUACCAGCCUUAUGGAUCUUGGAUUCAGGACAUGGGGUACCAGCCUUAUGGAUCUUGGGUUCAUGACAUAGGGUACCAGGCUUAUGGGUCUUGGGUUCAUGACAUGGGGUACCAGCCUUAUGGAUCUUGGGUUCAUGACAUGGGGUACCAGCCUAAUGGGUCUUGGGUUCAUGACAUGGGGUACCAGCCUUAUGGGUCUUGGGUUCAUGACAUGGGGUACCAGCCUUAUGGGUCUUGGGUUUAUGACAUGGGGUAACAGCCUUAUGGGUCUUGGGUUCAUGACAUGGGGUACCAGCCUUUUGGAUCUUGGGUUCAUGACAGGAGGUACCAGCCUUAUGGGUCUUGGGUUCAUGACAGGAGGUACCAGCCUUAUGGGUCUUGGGUUCAUGGCAUGGGGUACCAGCCUUAUGGGUCUUGGGUUCAUGACAUGGGGUACCAGCCUUAUGGGUCUUGGGUUCAUGACAUGGGGUACCAGCCUUAUGGAUCUUGGGUUCAUGACAGGGGGUACCAGCCUUAUGGAUCUUGGGUUCGUUACAUGGGGUACCAGCCUUAUGGGUCUUGGGUUUACGACAGGAGGUACCAGCCUUAUGGAUCUUGGGUUCAUGACAGGAGGUACCAGCCUUAUGGUUCUUGGGUUUGUGACAUGGGGUACCAGCCUUAUGGAUCUUGGGUUUGUGACAUGGGGUACCAGCCUUAUGGGUCUUGGGUUUGUGACAUGGGGUACCAGACUUAUGGAUCUUGGGUUUGUGACAUGGGGUACCAGCCUUAUGGAUCUUGGGUUUGUGACAUGGGGUACCAGCCUUAUGGAUCUUGGGUUCAUGACAGGAGGUACCAGCCUUAUGGGUCUUGGGUUCGUGACAUGGGGUACCAGCCUUAUGGAUCUUGGGUUCAUGACAGGAGGUACCAGCCUUAUGGGUCUUGGGUUUACGACAGGAGGUACCAGCCUUAUGGGUCUUGGGUUUACGACAGGAGGUACCAGCCUUAUGGGUCUUGGGUUUACGACAGGAGGUACCAGCCUUAUGGGUCUUGGGUUUACGACAGGAGGUACCAGCCUUAUGGAUCUUGGGUUCGUGACAUGGGGUACCAGCCUUAUGGGUCUUGGGUUUACGACAGGAGGUACCAGCCUUCUGGGUCUUGGGUUUACGACAGGAGGUACCAGCCUUAUGGGUCUUGGGUUUACGACAGGAGGUACCAGCCUUAUGGGUCUUGGGUUUACGACAGGAGGUACCAGACUUAUGGGUCUUGGGUUUACGACAGGAGUUACCAGCCUUAUGGAUCUUGGGUUCAUGACAUGGGGUACCAGCCUUAUGGAUCUUGGGUUCAUGACAUGGGGUACCAGCGUUAUGGGUCUUGGGUUUACGACAGGAGGUACCAGCCUUAUGGAUCUUGGGUUCAUGACAUGGGGUACCAGCCUUAUGGAUCUUGGGUUCAUGACAUGGGGUACCAGCCUUACGGAUCUUGGGUUCAUGACAUGGGGUACCAGCCUUAUGGAUCUUGGGUUCACGACAGGAGGUACCAGCCUUAUGGGUCUUGGGUUUACGACAGGAGGUACCAGCCUUAUGGAUCUUGGGUUCAUGACAUGGGGUACUAGCCUUAUGGGUCUUGGGUUUACGACAGGAGGUACCAGCCUUAUGGAUCUUGGGUUCAUUACAUUAGGGUACCAGCCUUAUGGAUCUUGGGUUCAUGACAUGGGGUACCAGCCUUAUGGAUCUUGGGUUCAUGACAUGGGGUACCAGCCUUAUGGAUCUUGGGUUCACGACAGGAGGUACCAGCCUUAUGGGUCUUGGGUUCAUGACAUGGGGUACCAGCCUUAUGGGUCUUGGGUUCGUGACAUGGGGUACCAGCCUUAUGGAUCUUGGGUUCAUGACAGGAGGUACCAGCCUUAUGGAUCUUGGGUUCAUGACAUGGGGUACCAGCCUUAUGGGUCUUGGGUUCAUGACAGGAGGUACCAGCCUUAUGGAUCUUGGGUUCAUGACAGGAGGUACCAGCCUUAUGGAUCUUGGGUUCAUGACAUGGGGUACCAGCCUUAUGGGUCUUGGGUUCGUGACAUGGGGUACCAGCCUUAUGGGUCUUGGGUUCAGGACAUGGGGUACCAGCCUUAUGGGUCUUGGGUUCGUGACAUGGGGUACCAGCCUUAUGGAUCUUGGGUUCAUGACAGGAGGUACCAGCCUUAUGGAUCUUGGGUUCAUGACAUGGGGUACCAGCCUUAUGGGUCUUGGGUUCAUGACAGGAGGUACCAGCCUUAUGGAUCUUGGGUUCAUGACAGGAGGUACCAGCCUUAUGGAUCUUGGGUUCAUGACAUGGGGUACCAGCCUUAUGGGUCUUGGGUUCGUGACAUGGGGUACCAGCCUUAUGGGUCUUGGGUUCAGGACAUGGGGUACCAGCCUUAUGGAUCUUGGGUUCAGGACAGGAGGUACCAGCCUUAUGGGUCUUGGGUUCGUGACAGGGGGUACCAGCCUUAUGGGUCUUGGGUUCGUGACAGGAGGUACCAGCCUUAUGGAUCUUGGGUUCAGGACAUGGGGUACCAUCCUUAUGGAUCUUGGGUUCAUGACAGGAGGUACCAGCCUUAUGGAUCUUGGGUUCAGGACAUGGGGUACCAUCCUUAUGGAUCUUGGGUUCAUGACAUGGGGUACCAGCCUUAUGGAUCUUGGGUUCAGGACAUGGGGUACCAGCCUUAUGGCUCUUGGGUUCAUGACAUGGGGUACCAGCCUUAUGGAUCUUGGGUUCAUGACAUGGGGUACCAGCCUUAUGGAUCUUGGGUUCAUGACAUGGGGUACUAGCCUUAUGGGUCUUGGGUUCGUGACAUGGGGUACCAGCCUUAUGGGUCUUGGGUUCAGGACAUGGGGUACCAGACUUAUGGAUCUUGGGUUCAGGACAGGAGGUACCAGCCUUAUGGGUCUUGGGUUCGUGACAGUGGGUACCAGCCUUAUGGGUCUUGGGUUCGUGACAGGAGGUACCAGCCUUAUGGAUCUUGGGUUCAGGACAUGGGGUACCAUCCUUAUGGAUCUUGGGUUCAUGACAGGAGGUACCAGCCUUAUGGAUCUUGGGUUCAUGACAGGAGGUACCAGCCUUAUGGAUCUUGGGUUCAGGACAUGGGGUACCAUCCUUAUGGAUCUUGGGUUCAGGACAUGGGGUACCAGCCUUAUGGAUCUUGGGUUCAUGACAUGGGGUACCAGCCUUAUGGAUCUUGGGUUCAGGACAUGGGGUACCAGCCUUAUGGAUCUUGUGUUCAGGACAUGGGGUACCAGCCUUAUGGAUCUUGGGUUCAGGACAUGGGGUACCAGCCUUAUGGAUCUUGGGUUCAUGACAUAUGGUACCAGGCUUAUGGGUCUUGGGUUCAUGACAUGGGGUACCAGCCUUAUGGGUCUUGGGUUCAUGACAUGGGGUACCAGCCUUAUGGGUCUUGGGUUUAUGACAUGGGGUACCAGCCUUAUGGGGUUUGGGUUCAUGACAUGGGGUACCAGCCUUAUGGAUCUUGGGUUCAUGACAUGGGGUACCAGCCUAAUGGGUCUUGGGUUCAUGACAUCGGGUAACAGCCUUAUGGGUCGUGGGUUCAUGACAUGGGGUACCAGCCUUAUGGGUCUUGGGUUCAUGACAUGGGGUACCAGCCUUUUGGAUCUUGGGUUCAUGACAGGAGGUACCAGCCUUAUGGGUCUUGGGUUCAUGACAGGAGGUACCAGCCUUAUGGGUCUUGGGUUCAUGGCAUGGGGUAUUUGCCUUAUGGGUCUUGGGUUCAUGACAUGGGGUACCAGCCUUAUGGGUCUUGGGUUCAUGACAUGGGGUACCAGCCUUAUGGAUCUUGGGUUCAUGACAGGGGGUACCAGCCUUAUGGAUCUUGGGUUCGUUACAUGGGGUACCAGCCUUAUGGGUCUUGGGUUUACGACAGGAGGUACCAGCCUUAUGGAUCUUGGGUUCAUGACAGGAGGUACCAGCCUUAUGGAUCUUGGGUUUGUGACAUGGGGUACCAGCCUUAUGGAUCUUGGGUUCAGGACAUGGGGUACCAGCCUUAUGGAUCUUGGGUUCAGGACAGGAGGUACCAGCCUUAUGGGUCUUGGGUUCGUGACAGGGGGUACCAGCCUUAUGGGUCUUGGGUUCGUGACAGGAGGUACCAGCCUUAUGGAUCUUGGGUUCAGGACAUGGGGUACCAUCCUUAUGGAUCUUGGGUUCAUGACAGGAGGUACCAGCCUUAUGGAUCUUGGGUUCAUGACAGGAGGUACCAGCCUUAUGGAUCUUGGGUUCAGGACAUGGGGUACCAUCCUUAUGGAUCUUGGGUUCAUGACAUGGGGUACCAGCCUUAUGGAUCUUGGGUUCAGGACAUGGGGUACCAGCCUUAUGGAUCUUGGGUUCAGGACAUGGGGUACCAGCCUUAUGGAUCUUGGGUUCAUGACAUGGGGUACCAGCCUUAUGGAUCUUGGGUUCAUGACAUGGGGUACUAGCCUUAUGGGUCUUGGGUUCGUGACAUGGGGUACCAGCCUUAUGGGUCUUGGGUUCAGGACAUGGGGUACCAGACUUAUGGAUCUUGGGUUCAGGACAGGAGGUACCAGCCUUAUGGGUCUUGGGUUCGUGACAGGGGGUACCAGCCUUAUGGGUCUUGGGUUCAUGACAGGAGGUACCAGCCUUAUGGAUCUUGGGUUCAGGACAUGGGGUACCAUCCUUAUGGAUCUUGGGUUCAUGACAGGAGGUACCAGCCUUAUGGAUCUUGGGUUCAUGACAGGAGGUACCAGCCUUAUGGAUCUUGGGUUCAGGACAUGGGGUACCAUCCUUAUGGAUCUUGGGUUCAUGACAUGGGGUACCAGCCUUAUGGAUCUUGGGUUCAGGACAUGGGGUACCAGCCUUAUGGAUCUUGGGUUCAGGACAUGGGGUACCAGCCUACUCAUUGACUCCCACGGAUUACAAUUAUAAAGAGUUUACGCAAAUAUUAUCAUCGCAGUUCUUAUUGCAGGACUUUAAAUGUGGGAAAUCACCUCACAACUCAGCCUAUAGUGCCUAUUGAACAUUCAUAUUUUAAUGUACAGCCUUACCUGUGGAAAUGUGAAGUGAAUUGAACAUUCAUAUUUUAAUCCAAUCUAAUCCAAAUAUUAUAUUAUAUUUACUAUUUAUGUCUAUUUGCAUCAUGUUCAAUAUUGGACCCUUAUUUUGAAGGCGAACUGCAAAUUCCAUUGUGGCUCAUCAUUAUUCUAGCUAGCAUCACACAGGUGCUUUUCCGACGGGAUAAAAUAAUCCCUUGCAACCUGCACAGUCUCAAACAGAGUACGGAGAACAGCAACGGUCGGUAGUCGAGAUCUGUCGCGUGCACAGAAAAACCACACUAGAACCGGACAGAAAAAACAACUCAAAACCUGUCAGACCAUCGGAGAAGUGAACUCGAACGAGCCUGAGAGAAAACGAAGCCUUUGUUUUCAGAAGCAGCGGGGAGCCGAACCGGAGGAAAG